AUGGCUCAAGCAAGCUGGACUCACCUACCAUCAGACCUUCCCAAGCCUGUUGACGAUGGAGCUUGCAACCACCUCAAAGGCACCACUGUUCCGUCUACACAACUACCUUCGACUGCAGGCAACAACGUGGAUCUUACAACGCUCGCCGGCCUCACAAUCAUCUUCGCCUAUCCACGAACUGGCGCUCCAGGUCAAGUCGUCCCGGACGAAUGGAACGAGAUCCCAGGAGCUCGGGGCUGCACACCCCAAGCAUGCUCAUAUCGCGAUGCUUCCAAGGAGUUUCUCGAGCUCGGCGUCUCACACAUCUUCGGCGUCAGUACCCAAGAUACGCCGUACCAGCAGGAAAUCAAGGAGCGCGUCCAUCUGCCUUAUCAACUUUUGAGCGAUCAGAAGCUGGAGUUGGUCAAGGCCUUGAAGCUACCUACGUUCGAAUUCGAAGGCGAUACGCUGAUCAAGCGUCUUACAAUGGCGGUGGAAGAUGGUAAGAUUGUGUGGGUCAACUAUCCUGACUUCCCACCGAAUGAGUCAGCAUCGAAGGUCGUGGAAUGGCUCAAGACGAGACCGCAGCGAGAGGCCUUGAGCAGUGAUGCGGAGAAUGCGAUGAUGAGGAACUUGCAGAAGCGGUAG